UUUUAUUUUAUGUUGAUAUUUGUAUAUUAUUAACUUUUGUAUAUAUUUAUGUUUAUGGGUUUGUUAUUAUUUCUGUUACUAUUAUUUUUAUUGUUUAAUUAGUCGUUAUCAUGAUAUUUUGUGGCAAUAGAAAAUGCACAUAAUUUCCUGCACCAAGAAGAAAUAUCUACUGGUUCAUGAUUAAAAGAUAUCAGUCGGGUUCAAACUGACAAUGAAUUUCAACCCUUCGGAUAACGGAGAUGGUAUUUUGAUGUAUUGCUCGCAAAGUGAUGAAGGACACGGUGAUUUUAUUGCCCUUGUUAUCAAAGACCGACUCGUCGAAUUUCGCUUUGAUAUUGGGUCGGGAAUGGCUGUGGUACGAUCCAAUUAUGUAAUUCAGCCUGGAGUUUGGACACGAGUUACUCUUAACCGCGACUUCAAAGAUGGAAAAUUGUCCGUAAAUGGCGAACCUUUGGUCGAAGGACGAGCUCCUGGAGUAGCGAGAACUAUGACUCUUAACACUCCUAUGUACAUUGGAGGUGUCAAUAGAAGUAGGAUAACUAUUAACACUAAAGUUGACGUCAUUCGAAGUUUCCACGGAUGCAUUAAUGAACUGGAAGUGUCUUCGUUGAAUCUACAUCUUCUUAAAUCCACAAUCGAUUCAUCGAGAAUCGAUGAAUGCAAAAUUUCAUCAACUCCUUGGCGAAUAAAUUCGACGAUUUCCUCGACUUCUGAAACUAUGACAUCUACUUAUUUUCCAUCAAUCGCAUCAAUAGAUGAAUAUGAUUCUUGUAGUUUGAAACCGUGUGUUCAUGGGGUUUGUCAAAUUUCUAGUAAUUUUUAUGGCUAUUCUUGCACAUGUGAAUACGGAUAUGUGGGAAUCAAUUGCGAAAAUAUAUUGAAGCAAUGUGAAUUAUUAUCUCCUUGUAAAAAUGGAGGAUCAUGUACAGAUUUUCAGGGCCCGUAUAAAUGUGACUGUCCACUCGGAUUCAGUGGAAAAAAUUGUGAAAAACCGAUCGAAAUUGGUUAUGAUGUAUCAUUUCGAGGUGAUGGCUGGCUAGAACUUGAUCAUUCGGUAAUGACUCAUGUUGAAGAGCGCGAAGUUCUUGGCUUUGAAAUUUCAACAAACAAAAGUAAUGGUUUGAUUAUGUGGCAUGGUCAAAUUCCGACAAACUUUAAUCCUGAUGAUUAUGUAGCGCUCGCAGUUGUUGAUGGAUACAUUGAAUAUCAAUACAAUUUGGGUUCUGGGCCAGCAGUGAUUCGUGUUCCAACUCAGCGAGUGGACGAUGGGGAACGGCAUAGAAUUAUUUUGAAACGACAAGGAAGCGAUGGAAGUAUAGAAUUGAAUGGAGAUCAUACUGAAAGUGGAGUAAGUGAUGGUCUCCAACAGACUCUUAAUACACGUGGUAACGUAUAUUUAGGAGGUGUCCCAGAUUAUGCUAUGACGUAUGGUAAAUAUCAUGAUGGAUUUUCCGGAUGCAUUUAUACCCUCGAAGUGCAAGAUUCUGGUGCCAUUUACAUUGGAGAUAAAAUGGUCAGGGGUAAAAAUGUUGCCUCUUGCACAAACAAUUCAAAUUAUUUAACCAACGAUCUUCCAUCGCGAGGUGAUCUUGGAGGUGUAAAAAACAUUAUCGGAUUUGCUUAAUAAUAUUUUUAUCGUACCUACCAAUUGGUGAUUAGAUCCGUAUAAUGAAUUCAUUGUUUAAAAUGAAAUAUCAUUGAAAAGACUAAUGCUAACUAUGCGCAUAUCAAAAUAAUCAACAUAAUUCUUCAAAUAAAUAAAAUUAUAAAUUGAUAAAUUUUGCAAUUACAGUGCAAAUACUUUUUUACAUGAAUCGUACAUAGAUUUAGGCAUUAAAAUUUAAAAAUAAUAUAAACCAUUAAAAUUUUUCAUUUAGUUAGCUAAUUUAAUGUAAGGAAACUAAUGGAUUUUAUUUUUACUAAUUUAUAUAUUACUAUACACAAGAUGUAUAAAAUACUAUUAUAUUGUUUAACUUUGUCAUGAUUUAUAUAAAUAUAUUUAUAUAAAAUUUAUUUCCAAUAAUGUUUUUUUAGGAUUCUGAAAAUAUUGAAAACAAUAAUCGACCAAUUAUAUAACAAAGCUUUUGAUAUUAUAAUAAAGAAAAAACAUUUUUUUGACGUACACACUUUUUACAUGAACGAUAUAAAUAAAUAUUGCAUUAAAGUUUGAU